AUGGCUUUGUGUUUCGCCUGGAGCAACGAAAUUGCUUUCGAGAUUCGAAUAGCUGGUUCUUUCGUCUUUCCAGCUUCUAGACGAGAAGCGAAAGAAAUAACGAUGAUAUUUAUUUGGAUGAACAUGGACUGGAAGCUACCUUUGUUGCUGCUUGCGACAAUGAGGCAAAUUCAGUGCAACGACGACGAGCAGAGACAAGCGUUGUAUCCUCCGCCUCUUGUUUAUCCUUUUGGUGGCAUUUUCAAGCUAGUCGUGGGCAUGGCGGUGCCGGUGCAGCUCUCAGGCCAGAUUUUGGUUUACGGCCAAAACUUUCAGUUCCAAUAUAUGUUACCAGACAACGCUACCUUCUUCACUAACUUCUUCCAGACCUCGUCACAAAGACGACGUCGAACAGCAAGCUGGAACGAAAGGGCUUACGUAUACGACAUUUUACAACAAGAAUUAAACAUGCGACACAUCGAUGGGAAAGCUUGCUUAAAGAAGAAUAUUUGCGAAGCCGCUUCAACGUCGUUGAAAGACGAGGGAUUGAUUGGCGAAUUAAUGCAUUUAUUGUUAACGCCAGAUCACGAAGACGCUUCGAUGAUGGACGAUGACUAUUUAGAAGCAGCCAUGGCUGGAAGAAGACAGGAGAAUUGCUCGAUGAUUUACUCCACAUGUCCUGCUGGCCAAGGAAUUCUAGACAGAAUAUCUUCAAUUUAUUAA